CAUUUAUUGCAAUGGCGGGUAACAAAUGGGAACUGGUCGCAGCAGCGAGAGAACUAAGCGACAGAGGUCUAGUCCAAAGCGCAAAAUGGGUUUCAGAGUUGGCCGUCAGUUUGCCUUUUUCUCCUCCUCCUGACGGAUACCAAAGACAGCUGUGUGAUAUUGAUAGGGAAUGGAUAGAGGAGAUGGACAAAUACACGUUUGCGAAGACGUGCUUUGAUUGCAGAGAAUACAGCAGAGCGGCAUUUCAUCUCGCAUCUUGUCAUAGCAAGAAGUCUGUUUUCUUGAGGGGAUACGCUCUCUAUCUGGCAGGAGAGAAGAAUAGACAUGAUCACACGUCAUCAGAAAUUACUGCAAAACCUCAGAAAAAAGAGAAAUCCACAAAACAUCUACAAUCACUAAAGAUCGAACUCUCUCAACUGUACGAAGACAAGAAACUCGACGGCUACAGCCUUUACCUGUAUGGGAUUGUAUUGAAAGAAUUAGAUCAAAGAGACAAGCUUAGAGGAUUGUUUGAAGAGUGUGUGAACAAGACACCAUUUCUAUGGUCGGCAUGGCAAGAACUAGCAGCAACAUGCAAGGACAGAGAGUCGCUUGAGACACUAAAUUUGCCAUCGUAUUGGAUGACGGAAUUGUUUAUGGCAUAUGCUUGUCUUCAUCUUCAAUACACUGAAGAGUCACUCCAGAGGUACAAUAAUCUGACAGCAGCAUGGCUACCAGAGGAUUCUCCUCAUGUGAAGUCACAGAAAGCGAUGGUGUAUUAUAACGCGAGAGAUUUUGAGGAGGCUGGUCGUUUGUAUGGAGAAGUUUUUGAAAGGGAUCCCGAACGAAUCGACGAGGCUGAUUUCUACUCGAACGUUCUCUUUGUUAUGGACAAGAAAGCCGAACUGAGUUACCUGGCUCAUCAUCUUGUUGAAGUGGACAGAUACAGACCAGAAACAUGCUGCGUUAUAGGAAAUUAUUAUGGAUUACGUGGUGAGCAUCACAAGUCUGUUCAGUAUUUUCAGAGGGCGUGUCUGUUGGAUCCGAGCUAUUUGUCUGCUUGGACGCUUCUUGGUCAUGAGUAUGUUGAGUUGAAGAACAUACCGGCGGCUAUACAGGCGUACAGGAAGGCUGUUGAUGCCGAUCCAAGUGACUACAGGGCAUGGUACGGUUUAGGUCAAACAUACGAAAUGCUUCGAAUGCCACUCUAUGCCGUUCACUACUACCAGAAAGCUCACCAACUAAGGCCCAAUGACUCGCGAAUGCUGGUUGCAUUAGGAGAGAUCUACGAGAGACUGGACAAACAUCAAUUGGCAAAGAAGUGUUACUGGAGAGCUGUAUUGGUGGGAGACAUAGAACACUUGGCAUUGCUUCAACUGGCAAAGUUGUAUGAACAACUGGGAGAGAACGAAGACGCAGCUCGAGUCUACACGCGUCUUGCUCAACAAAUCAACGACCACGGGACAGUUGCUUCAUCUGGUGAUCUAAGUCGUUGCUUUCGAUUCUUGGUGCUUCAUCACUUGAGAUCAACACAAGACCUUGAUCAAGCAGAAAAGUAUGCACACAAGUGUUGUGAGUAUGCAGAGACUCUCCAGGAGGGUACAAGUUUCUUGGAGGAAAUUGGCCAGCUGAGACGAAUGGAACAGACGUUGACGGAUGACGAUGUAAAUUUGAUGCCUCUAGAUCAGUCUCUCUCACCCGACGUAAACACAGUGAGAUUCUCUUGAUGUUAGGUACUCGUUGCUUGAAUGUUGUGUGCAAUACAAUCGUUUCUUACUAUCAUAUUGUGUUGUGUAUGUGU